AUGGAAAGGUGGAAGUACGCAGACCAACUGCACCAGGAGUCGCUGCAGCGUCCUCUCGCCCGUGGGGGAGCCUGGAUGGAGCAGGCCUGCCUGGGGCAUGGAGCAGUUAGGACCGAAGGGGUGUUCUCCUCCCCCAAUCUCUGUCCUGCUGCAACACCCCUUUACAGCCUGCUUGUGUCUUGCUUCCCAUCUAGGAAGAUGCUGGCACUCCUGGCAGCCCUGCUCCUCCUGCACAGUGUGCCGUCCGGCUGGGCGUGUUACUUGAAGUCUCCAAAUUCAAGCUCCUGCGUGGACCAGGACUGGUUGGAAUUCAGUAGCAAGACUUCGCUGAACCUCAGCAACUGUGGCAUCAAGGAAAUCAAUGGCUCCGCCCAGGUGGGGGGGUCGGUCGAGAUGCUGGAUCUGUCCUUUAACUGCCUGCAGAGCCUUCCCCGGGAUUUCCUCUCCCAGGCACGCGCUCUCGAGCGGCUCUACCUGCAGCACAACCAGCUGUGGGAGCUGCCCACAGAGUUCUUCAAGAACGCCACCAACCUGCGGAGCCUGAGCCUCCAGGGCAACCCGCUGCGUUCAGUCCCAGCCAGCACCUUCCCGCACACCCUGCAGAGCCUGGUCGUGAAUUGCAAGUGCGACGUCGUGGGGAGCGUGGUCAGCUACUGCAAUAGCCCCACCAACAGCACGAACCACACCUGCCACUGCCUCUCAGGGGAGGUAAUCUUCAACGUCACCGAGUUCAACACUCAGGAGUGCCAGCCUCUUUGCACGCCGCUCUGCGUGGCCAUCACCAGCUCAGUGCUGGCCGUGCUGCUGCUGGUGGGGGGCCUGGGUGUGGUCUUGUUCCUGCUCAGGAGGAGGAGACAGGCCUCUGUCAUCCACAGCAAGCGGGAAUCCACCGCAUCCAUCACCCACGGCCAGCCGCGCUACAUCAGCCGCAACACAGAGACGGGCCCCGGCCAGGCCAGUGACUAUGAAAAUGUCUUCAUUGGCCACUCCCAGCCAGUAGGGCAAUACGAGUGUCUGGAGAGAAAGGGACCACAGUACAGAGUCCAGCAGCCGGUGGACGAGGAGUGUUACAUGGAGAGCGACGCCGGCGGAGACCAGCCCGUUUACGCCAACACCCAGCAGCUGUACAGCAGCAGCUUCCCCGAGCCCAGUGACGCCGAGGAGGUGUACAUUGUCCCGGACAAAUGA